AUGAAGUUUCUCGCUAUCGGUGCUCUCCUACUCAGCACAGUAGGUGCUAUUGCUACAGAGCACAUCAUCCAUGGCGCACAGAUUAUCCCGGCUACGGACAAGGCGGGAUUGAAGAAGAUUGGAGCUCAUGGACACCACAAGCACCCGGACCGUCGGACUGUGACAAUUCGCUCAUCGACGAGUGACACCGACGAUAUCUCCGAUGAUUUCCUCUGGGGUAUCAAGGCUGCCAACCAUGGCGGUAGACUUCUUUUGAAGAAGGGCAAGAAGUAUGUCAUCGGCAAGAAGCUCGAUCUGAGUUUCUUGGAUAAUAUUGAGGUGCAGCUUGAGGGUGAAUUGAUGUUCACCGAUGAUAUCGACUACUGGCAAGCAAACCAUUUCUACUAUCCUUUCCAGAAGUCUAUCACCUUCUGGGUCUGGGGUGGUCAGGAUAUCAAGAUCUUUGGCAAGGGUACUCUGAAUGGUAAUGGCCAGGAGUGGUACAAUGCCUUUGCUGGUCGGGAAAUUCUGGACGAUGAAAACACAUUCUAUCGACCCAUUCUGUUUCUGACCGACAACGCUACCCGCGUCUCUGUCGAGGGCAUCACACAACUUAACUCUCCUUGCUGGACCAACUUUUUCGUGCGCACGAAUGAUAUCUCAUUUGACGAUGUUUAUAUCAAUGCCUUCUCAACUAAUGCAUCGGCCUUGCCCAAGAACACCGACGGCUUUGACUCCUUGAACGUGGAUGGCCUUAGCGUGACCAACACCCGCAUCGAUAUUGGCGAUGACUGCUUCUCGCCUAAGCCUAACACGACGAACAUCUUCGUGCAGAAUCUGUGGUGCAACAACACCCACGGUGUCAGCAUGGGCAGCAUUGGGCAGUACCCCGGAGUCGAGGACUUCAUCGAGCAUGCCUGGAUUGAGAAUGUGACUCUCCUGAACGGACAGAAUGGCGCCCGUCUGAAGGCCUGGGCCGGACCGAAUGUCGGCUUUGGCCGCAUCAACAACAUCACGUACAAGGACAUCCGAAUUGGGAACACCGAUGCGCCGAUCGUGUUGGACCAGUGCUACUUCGACAUCAACUCCACCACAUGCGCGGAAUAUCCGUCAUCGGUCAACUUCACCAACAUUACCUUUGAGAACAUCUACGGUACCUCGUCGGGCAAGAAUGGCAAGGUUAUCGCUGACCUUACCUGCUCGCCCAAUGCCGUGUGUUCGGGUAUUCAACUGUCGGAUAUUGAUAUCAGCAGCCCGGCUGGUAGCCCUUCGACUGUUAUCUGCGAUGGAAUUCAUGGCGAUGUUGGUGUUGAGUGCCAGCCCAGCUCGUCUUGA